AUGGCGUUUAUUAAGUUCGGGUAUGCGCUUGUGGUGGUGACGCUGCUGCUCAUGAUAUGGGCGUCACUGUCGAGAGCAUUGGAACUCCACAUAGACUCCAAGCACCCACCAUGCUUGUUCCAAGCAUUAUGCACAUGUUCGAAACCAGCUGGCGACUUGGGCAUCGUGAACUGCAACCACGUCCCAAUCUUGAAGGUGCCAGCAACGAUCAACAGUUCCAAGGUCUUUAUGCUGCAGUUGACUGCAAAUCAGAUCAGGGAUCUAGAACCACAGUUCUUCCAAGCAACAGGCUUGUACCGGCUUGCAAUUAACGAGAACCCGCUGGAGAAUAUCCAUGAAGAAGCGUUCUAUGGCCUCGACAAUACACUUUGGGAAUUGGAACUACGAUACGACAAAUUGACGUCUGUACCCAGCAGAGCCCUGAGAUACUUGCAGAAACUGAGGCUACUGGAUCUGACAGGAAACGAGAUAACAGACAUAUCCGGAGACAACUGGCGAGGGUUGGAACACACAUUAACGACUUUGAUACUGGCUGAGAAUUCGAUAGCGAACCUCCCUCUGGACGCUUUUUCCAGUCUACCGUUACUGGAAACUCUGGACCUUCACGGAAACCAUCUGUCUGUUAUCGAUAGUGGCGUGUUUCGAGAUGGGAUGAGCAGAUUGAAUAGGUUGCUUCUUGGUGACAAUCAACUGGCUUACAUACCUUACGAAGAGUUGGCGCCGUUGCGUCAGUUGAGAUUCCUGGAUCUUUCAAAUAAUCUGAUCAAACAAGUUCCACCUGCACAUGAUCUGAAUGGAAUCAAAUUGUCCCUGGACUCUUUGAAGUUGGACAACAACCUCAUCAAGAUAUUGUACCCUGGAUCCUUCCAGUACUUCAACAUUUUGAACUCAACUUCUUUGGACGGCAACGCGAUUUAUGCUUUGAGAGAAGACGCCUUCAGAAAUGCAAAGAUCAAAACCCUUUCGCUUCGGGACUGCAGUCUUGCGGAAUUGUCUCCAGCUGCCUUCGCUGGUCUGGAGAACAGUCUUCAAAGCCUCGACCUCUCGGAGAACAAUCUCACCAUGAUCUCCAAGUUUAUGCUGAACAAGCUGGACUCUUUGAGGUUCUUGAAUCUGAGGGAAAAUAAGGUUGACAUUAAUCUCCUCACAUCGACACCGACAUCAGACUACGCGAUGCAGUCGUUCAAUAAUUUCCAAUACAAAUUGUUUUACCUGGACAUCAGCAGCGCUAGCUCCAUUGAAAUGAACUUACAGGAUUUUAGGAGAAUGAGGUCCCUACGCUACUUAUCAUUAAGCAAACUGCUUAGACAAAGCAUUAGGGCGGAGGAUUUCCUAGAAUUUGGUGUCGAACUAGAAGACCUGAAGAUAUAUGGCAGCACCGUGACGAGAAUAGAAUCCAGUGCAUUCCAACACGUCAGGACUAUUAAAACUCUGGACUUGUCGGAAAACAAUAUCGAGUUCAUUGACCCGUUUGCAUUUGCCGAGCUCCACAGUCUAACAACACUGAAAAUGGCGAAUGGUCUAGCAGACUCAGUGAAACUGUUACCGUUCGAGCCUCUAAAGGCUCUCAUAGAACUACAGUACUUGGAUCUAAGUAAUAACAAGCUCAAGAAUGUACCAGACACAUCGUUCCACUUCCUAUACAAACUGAAGCGUUUAAAUUUACAAGAUAACUAUAUCGAACAUUUUUCCAAAGGGACAGUGCAGGGUGACAUCCAUGUACUGUUAGAAAGCAUCUGCCUAAACGCAAAUCAAAUCCGACAAAUAGUAAUGCACGCGUUUGUAGGACUGAAAGAACUACAAGAAGUAUUAAUAGAAGACAAUCAGAUAGAACUUAUACAGAAGAGAAGCUUCACUACUCUCGACAAUUUGAAGGUCAUUAGUCUAAAGGGCAAUAGAAUCUAUGAAAUAAGUGAAGAAGCAUUCCAGAACAUACCUGCUUUGACUGAGUUGGACCUAUCAUUCAAUAACCUUGACACGUUCAAAUUUUCAAUAUUUGACCAAGUCGGAUCGGCCACUGCUUUGAAAGUCAACGCUUCAUACAAUAGAAUCGUCACAUUGACUGAUUCUAAUGCUCCUAGCUUCUACACGUCCAACUUCUAUCCACCACCGAAAGCCCAAAGUCUCGGAACAGUCUCAGUGAAUAUCAGAGUGUUGGAUUUCUCGCAUAACAAUAUCACUUAUAUCGCGCCGUAUUACUUCAGGCAUGCUGAUCUAACAUUAACAGAACUGCAUCUAUCACAUAACAAACUCAGAAACAUUACUCGAGAAGUGUUCGGAUCUAUGCAUAUGUUGCAAUACUUGGAUCUGUCACACAACUACAUUUACCACAUGGAAUACGAUUGCUUCAAGAGAGUCAAGAACUUACAGAUAAUAAACUUGUCUCACAACCACUUGAUAGAUCUCCCAGUGGAAAUAUUCCACGACAUGCAAAAGUUAACGUCAGUGGAUCUAUCGGACAAUCAUAUCAAAAAUUUGGCUGAUAACCUUAUUCCAUCACCAGCUUUGGAAAGGCUAGACUUAUCCGACAAUGGAUUGUCAAGAAUCCCAACGAACUGCCUGUCUCCAGCUGCAUCAGCUAACUUGGUAGAACUGGAUCUAAGUGGUAACACUAUACCAGCUGUCGCUUUGGGAGACUUGGUCCAAAGAUUCCGGAGCCCUGAUCAGUUGAGCGAUUACUGGCCCGAGGAGCCCGACUACAGUGACGAAUACAUGUACCACACGGCUAGACGAGAUCACACCAGAGUGUUCCACCAAAAAAAACAAUACCCGCAGAAUAUUUUGUACAAGUCUCUAGCAUGGUUGGAUUUAUCAAACAAUCAUCUUGUACGAAUCGAAGGCGGAUCCUUCUCAGCGUUGCCUAAGCUCCGCUGGUUAGAUCUCAGUAACAAUUCACCUUUCAACUCUGGUGACCGAGGAACAACUAUUUUCAAAGGAUUGGAAAGAAAAUUGUCUCACUUGGGACUGAAGAAUGUCAGCCUAGUUUCUGUACCUUCAAUGUCUCUGAGCAAAUUAAAGAGUUUAGACCUAUCAUUCAACAACCUGCCUUCUAUUCCACCAGAAAUAACAGCUAACCUCACACGCCUGAGAGCAUUAGACUUGUCUUACAAUGACCUGACUGUUGUUCCUGUGGCAACGCAUUCAUUGAGUGACCUUCGCUGGCUGUCUCUUUCUGGCAACCCGAUCACUGCCCUGAUGAACACCAGUCUGUACGGAGUAUCUCCUCGUUUGGAAUAUCUGGAUGUUACCAAAUUAAGGUUGAGAAUACUUGAGCACGGUGUCUUCAGUAAAAUGUAUGGGCUACGGACACUCAAAAUAACAGCUUAUUCCAACGUGAGAGAGUUCAAUGUACCAAAGAUGCUGUCAUAUAACGCCGGUUUGGAGAACUUGAUGAUUGAAACCGAUUAUGAUUCAGUGGAGUUUGGCAAAGAGAUGUAUGGGCCACUGCCACUCAAGCUUAAUAAUAUUACCAUCACUGGACGAUAUUUGAAAUAUUUGACGCAAUAUCUGUUGAGCGGCGUCCAAUCUAAAGUACUUCGACUAACAGUCUUCAAUACCAGCGUAGAAGAGAUAGCAAGCGAAGUGUUCUGGCGACCAGGUCGCGUCACCAACCUGACGCUUGACUUGAGAUAUAACGACAUAGUGAGAGUACCGAACCCUUCUCAAAGGGCAUGGCCACAUGUCCCCAAUACGGUGUUCCUGCAGGACAUACUGGUUGCUGGCAAUCCUUUGACUUGUGACUGCGGUAUCGGAUGGAUAAAAGCAUGGGACCGUAAAAGAAGACAGUACCUUUGCGACAGCCCGUCUAAUUGCGUGUCAACCCGUGACGAUGUCAGAUUCGCAACGUGCCCAGCAUACGACAACAGAACAUUUGCUGACGUUUUAUCAAGAGAUCUGGAUUGUGAAUGGAACAAAGGCUUCAUAGGAUCCCCCAACUUCUUCAUAGUGUUAGGUCUGUCUAUCCUAACGUGCCUCUACAUAUGA